GCUGUCAAGUGACGUAUGGUGCUGUCGUGGCGUUCAGAGUCGUUUCAGAGAGAAAGAAAGUGCCAGGCCGACGAGUUAGAUAGCUGAUAAGUUCCAUUUCAUCUAUUGAUUCCUCAAUAAAAACCACCUUAAAACCCGAUCAAGAUGUCCCAUCAACUGUUUGCCAUUUGCCUGAUUGCCGCAGUCUGCGCGUCUGGAGUCUAUGGAAGCUGCAAGGCCACCGUGAGCUCUUUCAGCACACAGGAUGCCACCAUUCUGACCCAGCUGGCCCAUGUGGGUGAGUUCUCGCUGCAGUGCAGUGGAUCGGCUCCUGCCAGUCUAUUCGCCGAGUUCCCUUGCGGCAAGGUGGUUCCAGUGGCCAAAGUGGGCGACGACAAGUACCAGGUGAGCUGGGUGGAGGACAUCAAGCAGGGCAGCAGCGGCAAUGUUCAGCUGCGUCUCUUUGACGAGGAUGGCUAUGCCAAUGUGCGCAAGGCCCAGCGUGAUGGCGACAAGGUUUCCUCCGUAAAAUCUCUGCUCGACAUUUCCGUGCCCACCAAGAGCGCCUACAAGGGUCCAUGGAUUAAGGCCGAGCUGUUAGCCGCUUUCUUGGUAGGUGGAUUUGCCUACUUUGCCUUCACCACCAAGGGCAAGGUGCAGUCCUAAGAGCAGAUGCCAUCGUCAUCGAUUCCUUGAAUGAAAUUCAUUCGCACUAAAAUCAUGUAGCAUCAAAUUGGCCGGGUCCCAGAGAUUUUUCCACAUUUUGUACACCUAAGCAUCGGAUCACCCGCCGCCCAAGAAUAAACAGAUCGAAAAACCAAA